AUGACUCCGUUGUCCCCUUCACCAGCAGAUUCUCUGGAUAUUUCAGAUAAAACUACCAUAAUUAUAUCUAACUUGGACAAAGAUGACUUUGUUAGUGAUCAUAAGUCUAUGACCAGCAAAAUGUCAUUUGUUGACCAAGUAAAGUUACAUAUCUUAAAUUUGCCAGCACCUGCAAAUGCUUCAUAUGGAGAAGAUUACUACCUAAAUAUGAUCGAACAGUGGUCAAAUUUACCCUUUUUGAAUCGUAUCAUCAUCAUCAUGAAGAAUGAGGAUCUGGCAAAACUGCUCCACAAAUACUUAACUAGCGGGUCACUUUUGCCGCAGCACACUAAAGUUUCUUUACAAGAGAACUUAAUUACGAAAUCCAAAUCGUAUGAUUCAUUGAUUGGUGGUAAUCACGACUCAUUAUCAAUUACUAAUAGGUUAUCCAACUUCAAGCGGUUCCACAAUGAGCCAUCCAAUGCAACGGAAGAUUAUUCUGAGCCAGAACCACAGCUGUUUAAUGCAUACGAAGAUUUAAGCAAAAUGGGGAUCGAUUUAUCAGACUAUAAUGAUGAUGAUCAGAUGCAAGAAUUAAUUGAAGACUCAAAAGGUAAUGGAGGCCUUAAGAGAACAAAGUCUUUGACUAAGACGCUUUUCAAACCUGACUUAAAAGUCAAUACACAAGCCGCUAAUACUCAGACUUCACGUUCGAAAAUAUUACCUAGUCCAACUAUAACACUAGAUGAAACAUUUUAG